CAAAUAGACACAUUUGGCGGCCACAUCUGUGUGAUGACCUAUGGUUGCCAGCCAUGCAGGUGUGGGAUUGGGAGAUCUCCACCAGCGUGUGGCCACAGGCGUCAGGGCUGGACCGUCGCGAGCUGGGAUGUGCCGAGAAAUACCAGAAGCAGGUCAGCCCGGGCGCGAGAGAAAUGGUCUCCGCUGCACAGCACCUGGAGGAAGGACGCUUCGAGGAAGGCGCUGCCUGCGCGGAGCGCGCGCUGGGCCUCUUCCGGGAAGCCGAAGGGGAGUCAGCUGCGAUCGUGGAUGCCUGCCGCCUGGUGGUCUAUGCUCGGCAAACGCAGGGAAGGCUGAAAGACGCGCAUGAAUUGGCCCACGCCCAGCUGGAGGCCUUUGCCGCGAGCGAUGCCUUGGCGAAGGCCAGGAUGUUGCUGCUCUUGUCCCAAAUCAAUCACGACAAGCGUGGCCGCCGGAAUCGCGAGCGCGCCAAAGAGUGGGCCUCCGCAGCUCGGUCGGCCUUUGCGGAGCUGGGGGAGACGCGCCUGGAGGCACAAGCUUUGUUAUCGCUUAUGAACAUUGUCAGAGCACCCGGUUUCGCUCGCGAUGCCCUGCAGUGGUGGAGCGCACGACGCGGGCGAGACGGGCCGGGCUCUAGAUCGACCCGGCGGCCCGUCAAGCGAUGGCGAAACCAGGAGCCGGAUGGCACGACCUGUGGAUCCACAGUUGCAGGCAAUUCGCCAGGCAGCCAGGGAGAAGUUUCUGGCACAGAAGGAGACCUCCCCGGCAUCGCUCCCGUCGGCAUCGCUCCCGGCGGCACUGGCACAUCUUCCGGCGGACCAGCUGGACUUGCCCAUCGGCUCACUGCUCGCCGAUGCGCCGGAGGAAUACCGACGGCCUGCCAAGCGGGCCAAGGUGGCAGAUCCCAAUGCCAUCGUCAUCCCCAGGGAGCACACCGCGGAGAUUGCCCAGCUCUUGGCGGCGACGGCGAGCGAACGGACGCUGAGGGUGCUCAGUUGGAACAUCGAUGGCUUGGACGAAGUGGGCGGAGGCCAGGCCCUGGCGUUGCGUGUCCUGGCUGUGGCGAAGCACAUCGCCCGAGAGCGGCCCCUGGCGGUGCUACUGCAGGAGGUCAUCCCUCCCGCCUUGGAGUUGCUCUCAUCUGACAAAGUGCUGGGAGCAGCUUAUGAGGUGCUUGUUCCAAAGGACCCUCCGCUUCCAUACUAUGUCGCCAUGUUGGUGGACAAGCGAGUGAAAUGGGGCGAGGUCGAGACCGUGCCCUUUCCAAAGAGUCAAAUGGGCCGGCAACUGCUCUUGGUGAAGGUGGACGUGCCGGCAUCGGCAGGGCCGGCAGGGCCUCUUUUGCUGGCCACCGCUCACUUGGAAAGUACCAAGGACCAUGCGGUCGAACGCAAGCGUCAACUGCUGCAAGCCCUACGACUCUUGCGGAAGAGGGUGCCACCCAAGGGUGCCGCACUCCUGGCGGGCGACUUGAAUAUCCGAGACGAGGAGGUGAGAGAGGUUCAGAAGGAGCUGGGUGAUGAUGCUGCGGCCUUUUCGGACGUUUGGAGCUUCUGUGGAUCACCUGAAAGUGACCGUUGGACCUGGGACACCACGGCGAACAGCAACAUUGGAGCCAACUUUGCCUGCAAAAGCCGCUUUGAUCGGAUGCUCUUCAUUAGUCCAGGAGUCUCCGACGUGAAGGGUGCCUCGGGGUUGACAGCGAAGGCGAAGGCAAAAGCCUCGAAACCUGGGGAUGGCUGGCAACCCAAGAGCAUCCGACUCCUUGGGAAAGAGAAGAUUGCCGGCCUUCACCGGUUUCCCUCAGACCACUGGGGUCUUCUCACUGAAUGGACUGUGGCGCCCGAAGAAGCGCCGAAACCCACACCGAAACCACCCGCGCCGUCCGCUUCGGGCCAACAAGCGACGCUGUCCUUCGCGAAGCUUCCGGUUUCUGCUUCGAAGGAUCAGAAAGUCACCAUUGACUUGGAUGCCUGAUGAGCUGUGAUGAGCGAAAUGACGGUGCCAGACAUCAACAGAGAG